UGGAGUGUCCCGCCCCCUUCUAGAGCUGCGCUGAUCGCUGCGGAGAGGAGUCAGAGCUCGGCGGAGCAAUAUGGCGGCCGGGGGGUGACGGUGAGGGAAGGCCGCCCUCCCGCCACACACGAAGUUUUUUGAGAUCCAGAAAAUCCCGCCACGGAUCGGCUACUAAAAUGUGAGCGCGGCUCGUCUUGGGCCCCUCCCCCACCCAGAAGUCUCAGGGAAGAAUGGAUCGGAAUAAGCGUAACUCGAUCGCCGGCUUCCCCCCGCGCUUGGAGCGGAUGGAUGACGGCGCCGGGGGGGAUGGGCAGCUCGGGAGGGUCUACUCCUCGUCAUACCGCGCCCUGAUCAACGCCUUCUCCUGCCUCACGCGGCUCGACGACUUCACCUGCGAGAAGAUCGGCUCCGGGUUCUUCUCCGAGGUGUUCAAGGUGCGGCACCGGACGUCGGGUCAGGUGAUGGCGCUGAAGAUGAACAUGCUGAGCAGCAACCGAGCCAACAUGCUGAAGGAGGUGCAGCUGAUGAACCGACUGUCUCACCCCAACAUACUGAGGUUCAAGGGAGUCUGCGUUCACCAGGGCCAGCUGCACGCUCUGACAGAGUACAUAAACGGCGGGAAUUUGGAGCAGCUUCUGGACAGUAACCAGCACCUGCCGUGGGAGGUCCGGGUGAAGCUGGCGCUGGACAUGGCGUUGGGACUGGCGUACCUUCACUCCAAGGGGAUCUUCCACCGCGACCUCACAUCCAAGAAUUGUCUCAUCAAGAGUGACGAGAACGGAUACUCCGCCGUGGUCGCAGAUUUCGGUUUGGCAGAAAAGCUUUAGGAUCAUGACGGUUGUGAGAAGUUGGCGGUGGUCGGGUCUCCGUACUGGAUGGCUCCGGAGGUCCUCCGUAAUGAACCCUACAAUGAGAAGGCUGACAUUUUCUCGUACGGGAUCAUCUUGUGUGAGGUCAUUGCGCGGAUACAGGCCGACCCGGACUACCUGCCGCGCACAGAGAAUUUCGGUUUGGAUUAUGACGCUUUCCAGCACAUGGUGGGUGAUUGCCCCCGAGACUUCCUUAGAGCCGUGUUCACUUCUCAUCAGAUGGAUCCGAAGCUCCGCCCCUCCUUUGUGGAGAUGGUGAAGCAGCUGGAUGAGAUCCUGAGCCGCAUGAAGAACGAAGAGGCCGAAAAUGAGCGAAGAGCCAACAACCCGGAGAUCACCGACACAAAACCUCUUCCCAAAGGUGCCUCGGAUAAGAUUCAAGGGGUGAAGCGUCUGAUCGCGGCGCUGCCGGACGACAAGAUCCCCCAGAAGUCGCCGCGGCCGCGCAGGAACAUCACCCUCUCCCGCAGCCAGUCCGACGUCUUCGCCCAGAAGCCUCAGCGCAAGAUCAACGUGCAGGACCCCUUCUACACGCCGCGGAAGGGCGCCAUGCGCAAGGUCAACCCGUUUAACGCCAGGGAGGACUUGAAGGGAGGGAAGAUCAAAUUCUUCGACAUGCCGAGCAAGUCGGUCAUCUCUCACGUCUUUGACUUGUACUCGCCCAAGAUGGACGCCGAGGCGGGGGGCGGGCCGGGGCGGCAGCUCUUCGGCCAGGACGGCGGGGAUGGCUCUUACGCCCCCCGGAGACGCUGCCGAUCGCUCCCGGUGUCCCCGAUCCCCGGCCAACGACGAAGACAUGGACUGCACAGACGGCGCCGACAGGUAUCCUUCCUCCAAAACGGGCCGCGAGGAGAACCGCAACCAGCUGCUGGUCAGCAACCGCAAACCCACCCGGAACCGCUCCCUCCCGCAGGUUAUGGCAUCGCGUCAUGUGACAAUAAAAUAGGAACGAAUAUUUCAACAUGGGAGCCUCCUCCCCCCCCUCUCUCUGCUUCCUGGGGGGGCGGAGUCAACCAACCCACCAUUCAAUUCCGGGAUGUCUCCUUGGGUUCUGCCUGUGGCCUUUGA